AUGAUUUCCAAAUCUAAGCCCGCCAUGAAUCCUACAGUGGAGGAUGAAGUCGCCCAUGAUGUUCCCACCAAUCUAAAUUCCAAUCCCAGACCAGAUGGCACGCCAGUCCCUUGGUCAGAGAUCUUCUCCCGCCAUGAGGCCGUUCUUUGCUCCCACCUCGAAAUGCUGAGCAUGGUGAAGGAGCAGAUUACUCCGGAGGUCAAUGGGUUCCAGACCGUCUCCUCAAUGGUGAACAAAACAGUACUGGCGAUGAACCAGCUGAAGAUAGCUAGGAAGCAUAUGAUGAGCAAAAACGCUACACCCAGCUCCUCCAACCCCACACAGUCGACUGACACAGAGGCCAAUACCCGCAAGAAAAGACGCAGGAUCUUUCGGGACAAUGACACAGCCCGUCCUGAGCACGCGGACGAAACACGAGCACCCAAACGAUACCGUGACUCUUCCUCCCAGCCAACACCUGAGCAAGAUGGAGAGUUCACGUCAACGUCACUUGGGACUGAGGAUAUUUCAGCAGAAGUCCAGCGACGGCUGAAAAUAAAGGAGGAGAGACGUUUGAAGAAAGAAAACCCUAAAGCGGAUAAACGCAAGCGCGACAGUCUCAUGUCGAAUGAAGGUGAAUCGCCUCUUGCAUACAAGCCUGGGAAGAAACGCCUUAAGCUGGGGAAUGAUCAUAAGAGACAUGGUGAAUUGAUGGAUAAUGACGCGGACACCCCAAAGAAGAAACGACGCAGAUCGCCUUAA